AUGAGUGCAGCGGGGAAGAGAAGAGGAAGGCCCAAUAGAGGAGGAGGAAGAGGACGAGGAGGAGGAGGAGAUAAAAGAAGAGGAGGAGGCAGAGGAGGAGGCAGCAGCCGUUCAAACAAGUCCCAACUCGGUGGAAAUAGGAAAUGCUCAACAAAAAUUUGGGAUGAUGGGGAUGACUUUUGUCUCUUCGAGGAACCAAGGUAGGAAUCCAGAGUUAGUGCCCCUGCCAGAAGAGGAGGGCAAGGAAGACAAAGAGCAGAAGCCAGAAUGCCUCUGCAGACCAUACACAUGACAUCGGAGAACCAGAGAAGAGUGAAAGAACUUCUUCGAGAGCUUCAAGGGCAGGAGCUGGCACCUGAAUCAGAAGUAGCAGGUUCUGAUGAAGAUGAUGAUGAACCUGAUUACCUUGAUGAUGAGCAAUGCUGGUCUACAGAUCAAGAAGUUUCUGACAUAACUCCAAGGUCUUCUGCUGAACUGGCUGAACACAAAGUCGUGGAAAGUGAGGUGUCUCUGUUUGCUGUGCAUAAACUGUCCAGGUAUGGUUUUGACAGGGAACGUUGCAGGACGGUGCUGAGAUCCUGCAACGGGAAUAUCGGGGCGUCGCUGGAGUGUUUGUUGUCGCAGUGCUUUGCAGAAAGAUUCGGGGAGAAGGUGCAGGUUUCUGCAGCAGCUGUUGAGGCCAGUCGAGAAGAAUGUUUAGAACAGAGACAAGAAGAAGCUUUUGUGCUGCGGUCAAUCUACGGAGAAAAAUUUGUAGAAAGAAUUCAAAACCGAGUUUGGACUUUUGGUUUGGAACUGGAGUACCUAACGAACAGCCUGGACAAAUCUAAACAAAAGGAUGGCUCUACUAGAGACUCAACAAAGCAGACUUCACAAGAAACAUGUAGAUUUUACAUCCAAGGAAGCUGCAGGUUUGGUUCAAAAUGCAGAUUCAGGCAUGAAGCUCCUCCACAUCAUCCAGCUAAGAGCUGUGCGGAUGCUCAUCUCAGACCUAACAGCGAUGACUCUCCCAUGUAUGAACUUGAAAUAAGAUUUCCUGAGGACAAUAAGUAUCCGUUCCAGGCACCUCUUGUGGCAUUUUAUUCCACCAAUGAGAAUCUACCUCUUGCCUGUCGUUUGCACAUUGCCGAAUUCCUCUUUGGGAAAGCCUUGGCAGCUGCGGAGUCCAGCGAACCAGUGGUGUACACGUUAGUGACUUCCUUAGAAGAUGAAUCAGAAAUAUGCGAGAUGCUUAAAAAUACUCACCACAAGUACAGUGUUCCUCCUGUGUCCCUGCAGGCAGUGCCUUCAGGAAGACUGCUGACAGAUAGUUCAUCUGAUUCAAAUCAGGUGUCAGAAGUCUCUGUAGUGUCAGAGCCUCAGAAGGAAGAGGAGGUGGCAGAGGAGGAGGAGGAGGAAGAUGAGCCUGAACAAGUUAUUGUGGAGAAUGAGAGUUAUGUAAAUCUCAGAAAAAAGCUUUCCAGGAAGUAUGAUACACAGGCAAAGUCUCUGCAUAAUGAAAAUGUUAAAAUCUGCAAGCAAUUUCGGCUGAAAAAGUCUUCCAGGCACUUCCAGUCCAUGUUGCAGGAAAGACAGAAGCUCCCUGCGUGGCAAGAAAGGGAAACCAUUCUUGAUUUGCUGAAGAGCCACCAAGUUCUUGUUGUGAGUGGCAUGACAGGAUGUGGGAAAACCACUCAGAUUCCUCAGUUUAUUUUGGAUGCUUCAUUGCAAGGCUCUCCAGACAGAGUUGCAAACAUCAUCUGCACUCAGCCUCGCAGGAUUUCUGCCAUUUCUGUGGCUGAACGUGUAGCCAAAGAAAGAACAGAAAGGAUUGGGAUCACUGUUGGAUAUCAAAUACGACUAGAAAGUGUAAAGUCCUCAGCUACCAGACUGUUGUAUUGUACUACUGGUGUGCUGCUGAGAAGGCUGGAAGGAGAUCUGGCUUUGCAGGGAGUCACACAUGUUAUUGUGGAUGAAGUUCAUGAAAGAACAGAAGAAAGUGACUUCCUGCUGCUGGUUUUGAAGGAUGUCAUGUUGCAGAGACCAGACCUGCGCAUUAUACUCAUGAGUGCUACCUUGAACGCGGAGCUUUUUUCACAAUACUUUCAAUCCUGUCCAAUUAUUAACAUACCAGGCCGAACGUUUCCUGUGGAUCAGUAUUUCCUGGAAGAUGUGAUUGCAAUGACAAGGUAUGUCUUAGAGGACAGCAGUCCCUAUAGGCGCAAGACAAAGCAAGAAAACAAACAGACUGAAAGACAUAAAAGAACUGCAUUUGAGGAAGUAGAGGAGGAUCUGCGACGUGCUGGCAUCCUGGGAGAGGCUGAUACAGCCAUCAGGGAUUCAGACCCAGACCAAAAAUUAACCCUAAAGCAGCUCCUGGCAAGAUACAAAGGAGUUAACAAGACAGUGCUGAAAACAAUGUCUGUCAUGGACUUGGAUAAAGUUAAUCUGGAGUUAAUUGAAGCCUUGCUGGAGUGGAUACUCACAGGCAGACAUUCAUACCCCCCAGGUGCUGUGUUGGUAUUUUUGCCUGGACUAGCAGAAAUCAAGAUGCUUUAUGAGCAGCUCCAGUCUAACGCUCUUUUCAAUAAUAGGCACAGCAAUAGGUGUGUGGUUUUUCCACUUCAUUCCUCACUGUCCAGUGAAGAACAGCAGUCUGUGUUCCUCAAGCCUCCUGCAGGAGUUACCAAGAUCAUCAUCUCUACAAACAUUGCAGAAACAUCCGUCACCAUUGAUGAUGUGGUUUAUGUGAUUGACUCUGGCAAAAUGAAAGAGAAAAGAUACGACCCAAGGAAAGGAAUGGAAAGUUUGGAAGACACGUUCGUGUCCAGGGCCAAUGCUUUGCAAAGGAAAGGGCGAGCAGGCCGCGUGGCUUCGGGCGUCUGCUUUCAUCUUUUCAGUAGCCAUCACUAUAACCACCUCCUCAUAAAAGAGCAGUUACCAGAAAUACAGAGGGUGCCCCUGGAGCAGCUGUGUCUGAGAAUUAAGAUUCUGGAGAUGUUUUCUGCACAGAGCCUUCAUUCUGUCCUGUCGCGAUUAAUCGAGCCCCCAAGAGCCGAGUCUUUGCAGGCGUCAAAGCUGAGGUUAAAGGACCUGGGAGCGCUGACGUCGGACGAGAAGCUCACGCCCUUGGGCUAUCACUUGGCUUCCCUGCCCGUCGAUGUCAGGAUUGGGAAGCUCAUGCUGUUUGGCACCAUAUUCCGCUGCCUGGAUCCCGCGCUGACCAUCGCAGCCAGCCUGGCCUUCAAGUCGCCCUUCGUGUCACCAUGGGAUAAAAGGGAAGAAGCAAACAAAAAGAAGCUGGAGUUUGCAGUAGGAAAAAGUGACUAUCUGGCUCUUCUUCAGGCCUAUAAGGGAUGGUGUUUAAGUACCAAAGAGGGCUCUCAGGCGAGCUACACCUACUGCAGGGAAAACUUUUUAUCAGGAAGAGUUCUUCAAGAAAUUGCGAGCCUGAAAAGGCAGUUCACAGAACUGCUUUCUGAUAUUGGGUUUGUGAAGGAAGGGUUAAGAGCCAGGGACAUGGAGAAGAAGUGCUGCCAAGGCGGAGAUGGUGUGUUGGAUGCCACAGGAGAAGAGGCAAAUUCGAAUGCAGAGAACAUCAAGCUGAUCUCAGCUAUGUUGUGUGCUGCGCUGUAUCCCAAUGUUGUCCAGGUGAAAAUGCCAGAGGGCAAAUACCAGAAGACUAGUGCAGGAGCAGUUAAAAUGCAACCAAAAGCAGAAGAGGUGAAGUUUGUUACCAAAAAUGAUGGUUAUGUUCACAUUCACCCUUCCUCUGUGAAUUAUCAGACGAGGCACUUUGAGAGCCCUUACCUGGUGUACCACGAGAAGAUCAAGACCAGCCGCGUGUUCAUUCGAGACUGCAGCAUGGUGUCAGUGUACCCCCUGGUCCUCCUCGGAGGCGGGCAGGUUCACACACAGCUGCAGAAGGGAGAAUUUGUCAUUUCCCUUGACGAUGGCUGGAUACGAUUUGCGGCUGCCUCACACCAGGUGGCUGAGCUGGUGAAGGAGCUACGUUGUGAACUAGACCAGCUGCUGCAGGACAAAAUCAAGAAUCCCAGCAUGGACUUAUGCAUGUGUCCCCGUGGAUCACGGAUCAUUGGCAUGAUUGUAAAACUUGUGACCACACAGUAACAUGAGAGCACCUUCCUUUGAGGAUGCUGUUCGCUACUGCCCAAGA